GUUUUGUUUAUGACGUUUAAGAGCCGUGAGGUGCCCUUUCUCUUACUGUAGGGAGUCCCAGCAGUUCCUCCGGUGUAGGAGGAGACUGUCACCGUCCAACAGGGCGUCGUGAGAAGCCUCCACAUCAGGUGAGCUGCUGGGGCAAAUAUGGGGACAUGGGUCGAGUAAACUCUCCUUGGCGGUGGAAGCGUUCAUCUCCAACCCACAGCUGGCUCCAGGGAUGAACCUGACACUUCCAUGAACUCCUUCGGUUUCGCGGUUCGAGGCCUCCCCCUGGCCUUGUCGUCCAUGACACAGGCCACUGCCUCCGACCUGCGCUUCCAUCCCAGAUGGAGAGCAAUAAUGGUGACCGCCCUGCUGGCCUUAGUGCUCAUGCUGUACCUGCACCGGACCGUAGGGAACACAAACGCGCCAGCCAGAGGCACUCGCAGAGAGGAGGAUGUGAGAUCACAAAGACUCUCUUGGUGUCUAAAGAGAAAAAGGCCCUACAAUGACACAUACCCGUUGAGUCCACCAGAGAGGACACCGCACGGCAUUCGCUACCGUAUAGGAGUGAUUGCCGACCUGGACACGGCGUCCCAAAGCUCCAAGGGUCAGACGUGGUUUAGCUACAUGAAAAGAGGCUAUGUGACCGUUUCAGAGAGCGCGGACAGACUGGAGGUGGAGUGGGAUGCAGACACAGUCACCUUGGAGAGCAGUCUGGCUGAGAAAGGACGAGGUAUGGAGCUGUCGGAGCUGGUGGCCUUCAACGGUCACCUUUACAGUGUGGAUGACCGCACAGGUGUGGUGUACAGGAUUGAGGGGAGCAGAGCCAUUCCCUGGGUGAUACUUCCUGAUGGCGACGGCUCCGUGUCUAAAGGAUUCAAGGCGGAGUGGCUGGCGGUGAAGGACGAGCACCUGUACGUCGGAGGUCUGGGGAAAGAGUGGACGACGACGUCCGGGGAAUUCGUCAACAACAACCCCGAGUGGGUGAAAGUGAUCGACUAUAAAGGCGGCGUGGAGCAUGAAAACUGGAUGCCGUAUUACGCCGCCCUGCGGAGAGCUGCGGGGAUCAAACCACCAGGCUACCUCAUCCAUGAAUCGGCAGCUUGGAGCGAGCGCCUCCAGCGGUGGUUCUUCCUGCCUCGCCGUGCCAGCCACGAGCACUACGAGGAGGCGGCCGACGAGCGUCGAGCCACCAACCUCCUCCUGUCCUGCCCCGCGGACUUCAGGCAUGUGACCACGCAGCGCGUCGGACCUUUUAACCCCACCCACGGCUUCUCCUCGUUCAAAUUCGUCCCCGACACCGACGACCAGGUCAUCCUGGCUCUGAAGUCGGAGGAGGACGCCGGCCGGAUCGCCACGUACAUCAUUGCUUUUACAGUGGACGGACGGCUGCUGAUGCCCGAGACCAAGAUGGGAGAUGUGAAAAAGAACGCAACUAUUUACUACCCAACUCUGAUCACGACUGAUGUAAAGUAAAGCUGCAGCAACGGAGCAGGGCAGGUUCUCCUGGGGGUAAAAACCUUUAGACCCAAAAAGAUUGUGAUUUACUGACCAGCACUCAGAGCUUUGAGUCAGGGCGACUUACCGCUGCUCCUGAUGGAGGACAGCAGCUGAGUGACCAUACGCCUGACCGGGGACGGAUCAGUGACCCGAGGCAUCACUUGGACCACAAACAUGGAGGGGUAAUCCCUUAACAAGGUGUCACUUCCUGGCCUCUGGAACCACAACGCAACAUUCGGUCAAGUCACACUUUGCUUAUUUCCACCAACUGUCGUAGAAACUAAAGCUGGGAUCUGAAGUUUGGACCACCUGCUCUGUGCCUGCAGCUUGUUUGGCAUCGGUGAGCGCCAGCGCGUAUCCACAGACCCCGAUGUCAUCCUCCACAACAAGAGCGCACUGUGGAGUGGGGGCCACGUCCCCCGAGGACAGGCUGCGGGCGGCCAGCAGAGCACAUUACGACAAGAGGAAGUGUUUACAAAACAAACACUCAUCACUGAUGGCCAGCUGGCAGCUCCCAGCUGCUUUGUUCCUGGUUUUUUUUUUGUGUGGAUAUUUUAUGAUUUCAGACCUGGGGAUAAAUAACUGUCAAGAAAUGAAAAGCUAAAACAGAAAAAACAACAAUAAAACUGGGUAAAAUGAAGAAUGGAAGUAUCCUUAAGGGGGGAAGUGCAAAGAGUGUUAUUAAUUCAUCUAUUAUCUUCUCAAACGUGAGCACUUCUUCAAAAAAGGAAGAGGAAUUAUUCUGUCCCAAAUUCACAUCUUUCAAAGUACAGAUUUAGGAAAACAAAGUAGAAAACUCCAAUUAAAUAUAUAUCUGGGUUGGCUAUUUGUUUUUUCUAGUUUUUUGGAAUGAUCAAAUCUUAAACUGAACUAUAUUUUAUAUCUAGUUUGAGAAUAUGUAGCCACUCUUUUUGGUCCCAUUUCCCCAGAAACAAAAACAACAAAUAUACGUAUUUUUUGGGCUUUUUCUUACCGGUCACUGAUCAGUUUAGGGCUUUGUUCCUCUCUUCUCUGCAUCUCCUUAAAAAUCUUCUGCACCUCAGCCUAACGGAACAGUUUUCAUCUUAGGUCACAUUUCAAAUACAACCCAAACGGCGCCUCGGUGACGGACCUCACCUUGUCGCCGCUGCAGUAAGGACGGAUGCAGUAGACCGCCGUCAUGGGAGGGUGUUUAAAUAGAUCCCUGUUGCCAUGUCCUGGAAGCAUCCUCUGCAAAUUCAAAACUCUUAACAUUUUAACUUUGACCUUCUCCAACUUCAGUUUCUUCAUUUCCUGCAGGCAUUGAGUCAUUACCGAAUAUUAUUUUUGGAAGAAGCCACUACCCUGGCUUGGUUACCUGGAACUCUCCGGAGAGGCCUCCUCUGAAGCCCCACGGCUCCGGAUCGUCGGUCAGCAUCUGAGCGGAGGGUUGAUCCUGACCUCCUGUGGAAAUAAACGCGCGAUAUAAACAACACGCUUCUCUUUAAUAAACAGCAGCUAGCAUGUACUGUUUUUAUAAUGUUGGUUAAUUUUGAUAACGGUGUCUUGAGUUGAUGAAAAUAAAAGAGCUUUUUUAUGUUA